ACUUGUUGCAACAGGUCAAGCGGGGAAGGAAAUUUGCAAGGAAUGGACGACGGCCGCGCGUCCCCACCGGCGGAAUCGUCGCAGUUCAUCCUUCCGUACACGCAUAACCCGUUCGUGUUUCCGUACAAGCCACCGAACGACGUCGGUAAGGAAGCUCCAACCUUCUUUCCCAUGUACCCUGGGGAAACAUGCGUGUCCAAGGUGAUUUUGUCGAGUGUGAUCGGCUACACACUUGGAGUGGCAAUGGGCGGAUUGCUGAGCUCGUACGAAGCCAUUGCGCCACCGAUUCCCGUUCCUGGUCAGCGUGUGAUGCCAAAAGUGCCGUUCCGUGAAUCCUUGCAAGCGUCGCGACGGUUGAUUUCAGAGAAGAGUUUUUCAUGGGGUCGAAAUUUCCUCAUCUUUUCAGCCAUGACGUCGGGGCUGGAAUGUCUUGUCAGCAAAGGCCGCGGCCGACAUGACACCACCAGCGUCGCACUCGCUGGUUGUGCUACCGGCGCGACUCUGGCCAUGGGACAAGGCCCCAUGAUGCAGUGCGGCUCAUGUGUUCUCCUCGCCGCAUUUUCAGCUGGUAUGGAGCAGUUCAUGCACAACGAUUAGCCUUUGCUCCGUACUACCAACGAUACACAAUUAUGUACCCAUUCGCCACCACAGAGCUCCAGCAGUGCUGCUGACCUUGCAGCCCUUUCGAGUUCUUUUGUUGUCAUCUCUAUCAAUUGACGCUGGAGUUUCAUUAUCCCAAUACAUACACCUCCAUCAGUCUUCA